AUGAGGUGUGCCUUAGCCCAAAGGAAAUGUAUUUAGUGUAGUGCAUGCAUUUUAAUCAUUUCUACGUGUCAGUUUUUAUCUCGGAUUUACUGCCUGAAGGAUCUAUAUGAAGGAUACAUUUCCCAAGAAGGAAAUCUUCACACAAAAAACAUUUCCAACUUGUUUGCAAGAAAUGGCAACAGGAUCAAAGUUUUUGGACAAUGCAAUUAUAAGAGGUUCUCAUUCUCUCACUGCCUCCAACCAUGUUCCUGUAUUAAGAGGUGGGGUAAACUCAUCAAUAGCAUCACCUCAUGAAAAGCUUCUUUUAUGUUCAAAUUCUGUUUCCAUGAAAGAGGAGGCACCUUUAGCCACUUGGAUUAGUCAUAUCCCUGCAAAAUUCAAUGGCCAUGAAGACAUCAAGAAUGGCAAAGAGAAAAACCAAUCCAAUUCUAUCUUCCCAGUCUCAGACAUAAAAAACAGUUCCAUUCCUCUAAAUCUUUUGGAAACUCUCCCACCAUUAACCAUAGCGCCAUGUUUUGAUGAUCCAGUGGCUUCCCUAGCAUCUUCUUCUGCCAGACCAAAAUUUCCAAACUUGACUUUGUUUUUGCCGGAACCCUCCAUGGUGUACUCAUCAAUAUCAUCCUCAAAUAUAAAAGGUGGUGAAGUCAUGUCAGCUACUUCAGACCCCUCAUAUCAUGUGUCUCAGUUUGGCCAAAACCAGCAUCAAGCAGGUAGUGGGGAUGCACACAAAAUGAACAACAACCUAACAAAUUCGCGGUCCAAGUCUUUCAACGAGAAUUGGUUGAGUGCCACUAGGACUCAGCCUUUGAAGUAUGGUGGAAGAGGCAAGCUGUUUAAAGGUGUGAGGCAGAGACACUGGGGGAAAUGGGUAGCUGAGAUUAGAUUACCAAGAAACAGGACAAGGGUUUGGCUAGGGACUUUCGACUCCGCCGAAGAUGCUGCCAUCGCAUAUGACACAGCAGCAUACAUACUAAGAGGAGAAUAUGCUCAGUUGAACUUCCCAGAUCUCAAGCAUGUAAUUCAGGCAAAUUCUCUGAAUGGAACCACUGCUGCACUUGUGGAGGCAAAACUACAAGCAAUAUCACAAGGUGGUUCUUCUCAUAGGAAGCCAACUAAUUCACCGCCAGGGUCAAGCAAUAAGCACAAUGAUGAGAAUGGAAAAUUGAAAAGUAUAAGUGGCAAAGAUUCAUCCAUAAGGGUUGGAGCUGAGGUAACUGAGAGAAGCAAAAGCAAACACCAUGAGACAUCAGAUGUGGAAGGUGUUCAGUUAAGUAGAAUGCCCUCCUUAGACAUGGACAUCAUUUGGGAUGAACUUUUUAUCUCUAAUUCAUGACCUUUUUUUUUUUCUCUAAUUUUAAAGCAUACAUAUAAUAGCCCAUGUUUUGUCUGAAGCUCAUUACCUCAUUCUAGAUUUUAAGGUUCCUAUCCCACACUGAAUCUUCGGGUUCUAUUUUCCUAUAAUGAUGUAUUGAAAUUAGUAUCCUUCUUAACACCCUUUCUUCAGGGUCAUUUAUAGAUAGAAUUUUAAGUUUCCACCAAUUAUAUAUCAUGCUAAAGGUUCAAAGAUUAUUUUGCUUCUGAACAAAACACUUGAUUGGUUCGACGGCUGUUAGAGAAACACCCAGUUAACAUUGAGAACAACGGUUGAGAUUGUGAUUUUUAA